AUGCGAGUUCCGUGGUUGAGUUUAAUGGGCCCCGGGCUCCUCUUCGGAUCGAUCGUUGAGGGAGCUCCAGGAAAUCAUCAAAAGCGUAAACCCUAUGAUCCUAACGACCUGGGAACAUCCUCUUCCCAGGCCCCAGUUACACCGAUCGGGUAUAACUAUGGGUAUAUCCCAAAUACGAACCCUGCCUCUCCAUCCACCAGCAGAGCCUCGAACCCAUCAGCACCCAGCUAUGUUCCUACUUGCUCCGACUGGGCUUACUGCCCUAGCUGCCCUAAGGGCUAUUAUUGCCCAAUUACCACGGCUACGGCAUCCCCGACUCAGUCUUUGGUCAUUGUCCCUACCUGUCCUUCGUGGAAAGCAUGCCCUGAAUGCCGUGGAGGCUACAAGUGCUGGAAACCGAGGCCGACCCCCACCGCAGCACCAGUUGAAACCACUUCCGCCAGUUUGACAAUUACUCCAACAUGCUAUCCAUGGAAUUAUUGUUACACUUGUGUGGGAGGUUAUGCUUGCUCCAGCGACCCAGGUCUCACGGCAUCUAGCAUCACGACCCCAGUGCCAGUCAUAUACGCAACCAAAAGUCCUAGUUCCAGUAUUACCAAAGACCCGGGGGCCUCUAGGAAUAUGAAAUAUCUUCCAACAUGUCCCGAUUUCGAGCCGUGUCCAACUUGCUCGUGGGGAUGGAGCUGUCCCGUCUCAGACCCGGCAGAUCAAACCUAUACCGUUAUCAUAACUCGGGGGACUGAUUAUACGACAGUUACAGAAACCAUCCCGGGAAGCUAUGAUGGUUACGUUUACGGAACCUACGGUGCAUCAAAGACUUCCGAGACGACAUCUACUUACGACUGGGCUUCUUACGAUCAACCAGCUUGCCCCGAUUAUAUAGUUUGCCCAUCUUGCGCACUAGGAUACUACUGCCCAAGUGCAUCAGUCUCGAUCUCAACAGCCCCCAUCUACUACCAGCCGCCAAAUCAAGACCCAGAUUCAACCUCGACCGUCUCCCCUACGCCAUCUUUCUACCCUCCCCCACCGUGUGAUAACUAUAUUGUGUGCCAGGAUUGUUUUCUCGGGUACUACUGCCCUGGACCUUCGCUAGGGACACCUACCACAGCUGUUGCCAGCUACAGUACGCCAUCAUGCAGUGACUACAUCGUGUGCCCAAGCUGCGCUCUCGGGUACUAUUGCCCAACGCCUACAAAGCCGUAUAGAACAGAUCCCACGUCGACUUACAACUGGGCCUCCUACGAGCAACCCUCAUGCCCGGACUAUGUGGUUUGCCCCAGUUGCUCAUUGGGCUACUAUUGCCCAACGCCUACUACUACGACUGGGCGAAUUCCCAAAAAUUAUGCAGCACCAACAUGCCCAGAUUAUAUCGUCUGUCCCGGUUGCGCUCUCGGUUAUUAUUGUCCUUCUCCGCUAGCGACUUCAACCCGCCCAGUAUAUAAUAGCGGGCCAAAUACAAAGGGGUACAGCUCAAAGUCACAGAACCCAUAUAUCCCUUCUACCACGUACUACAUCGGAUUACCAACAACGACUCUCGUGGUUGCCCCAACUUGUCCAGAAUAUGUCUUGUGCCCAGUUUGCCCUGGAGGCUAUUUCUGCCCAUCUAAUUCACCUCGUCCAACACCGAGCAAGAAUGUUCCAUAUUAUUACACCGACCCCAAUACAUCCAAUGCACCGCCAGCGACUAUCCCUCCUUGCGAUGCAUAUGUCUUCUGCCCAGAGUGUGAACUUGGUUAUUCAUGCCUAGUUCGGUCAACCCCCAGCCCAUCGAAAAAUCCUAGGCCUUACAAAGCGGGAGGAACCGCAAAUCCACCAAUGUCAAAUCCUUACCCUAUCUACACUUCUCAGUUAGGAGUCCCUACUGUCGAUGGCGCUUAUGUGACAGCACCUGGAAAUUCCGGGUAUGGAUCUGCCUCAGUCCCUGCACCGGGACUGCCAACCUGCGCAAGCUAUGUUCUUUGCCCAACCUGUCCCCUGGGAUACUACUGCGCUUCCAUAGUUUCCCCGACUAUCGCUCCUUCAACAUAUUAUGGUGUCGCUCCUACAGGGGCUAUCGAGCCAGUUUAUUCGACUACCAUUGUUUCGCCCCCCUAUACACCUUCGCCUAGUUGCCCGAACACGAUUACAGCUUCUACUCGGUUGCACGCCCCACUGACUUCAGCACGCUGUCACUUACGAACUGGGGGCAAGGCCGCCCACACUCACAAAACACAGCAGGCUCGACGUCUCCAACUAGGCCCUACGAUCUGA